CUGCCGGUAUUCCGUCAAAGGGGAACGUGCGGUUGGUCGUGUAUUUGCUGCGUGUGACGAAUGAACGAAUACAUAAUUGCCGGAGCGAAUUUCUCCAGACUUCAGUGCCAGUGGGCCAACGGGAUACGUGCACACGCGAACGGGUGGUCACUCACGACGCACGAGAGAUACGUUUUUAAAAGCAAAAUAGUCACGAACAGCAUCGCAUCUCGGGCAUAAGAAGAUUGUGUGCCAAGUAACCUUAUCACUUUCACUCGGAAUCCAUCAAUCUUGGACGUUUCCACUCUGGCACCAUGGAGGGGGAGAAGAAGCAGGUGACAUGCUACCUCCUGUUUUCUUUAUCGACAGCUGUAAUUGGCUCCCUGCAGUUUGGCUACAACACAGGAGUCAUCAAUGCCCCGGAACAGAAACUGCGGGCGUUCUUUAAUGCCACAUGGAUGGAGCGUUACGGAGAGCCCAUCAAGCCGGGUGUGUGCACCGUUGUGUGGAGUUUUGCCGUGGCCAUCUUUAGCGUGGGUGGAAUGGUGGGAUCAUUCAGUGUCGGUGUCGUAGCCAACAAAUUUGGAAGACGUAAAUCUAUGAUCCUUGUGAAUAUCUUGGCUCUGAUUGGUGGGGGUCUCAUGGGACUGUGCACUGUCUGCUCCUCCUUUGAGAUGAUCAUUGCCGGUCGGCUGGUUAUUGGGCUGUUCUGUGGUCUCUUCACCGGUCUUACUCCAAUGUAUGUUGGGGAAGUGUCGCCCACUCCCCUCCGCGGGGCCUUUGGGACCCUGCACCAGCUUGGUGUCGUGGUGGGCAUCUUAAUCGCACAGAUUUUGGGUCUGGAGUAUCUGCUGGGUUCAGAUAAGCUUUGGCCUGUGCUUCUGGCUUUAACCGUGGUACCUGCUGUCCUGCAGUGUAUACUGCUUCCGUUCUGUCCAGAGAGCCCUCGAUACCUGCUCAUUAACCUCAAUGAGGAAGAACAGGCCCGUAAAGCGUUGGUGCGUCUACGUGGUUACGAGGAUGUGGGGAAGGACAUGCAGGAGAUGAAGGAGGAGAGUGCGAAGAUGGCCAUGGAGAAGAAGGUGACCAUCCCAGAGCUCUUCCGCACCGCUGCUUACCGCCAGCCUCUGCUCAUCGCUAUCAUGCUGCAGCUGUCCCAGCAGCUGUCUGGCAUCAACGCUGUUUUUUAUUACUCAACUGGUAUUUUUGAGUCAGCUGGAGUGAAUCAGCCCAUUUAUGCCACCAUUGGAGCUGGAGUCGUCAAUACUGUCUUUACUGUAGUAUCUCUUUUCUUGGUGGAGAGGGCAGGAAGAAGAACUUUGCACCUUAUUGGUUUGGGUGGAAUGGCUGUCAGCGCCUUGGCCAUGACCAUUGCUCUCUUAUUGAAGGACAUUGAGGCUCUUCGCUACCUCAGCAUUGCUGCAGUCUUUGCCUUUGUGGCCAUGUUUGAGAUGGGCCCUGGACCCAUUCCCUGGUUCAUAGUGGCUGAACUGUUCUCCCAGGGGCCACGUCCUGCCGCCAUGGCCGUUGCAGGAUGCUCCAACUGGACAGCCAACUUCCUUGUGGGAAUCAGCUUCCCUAAACUGGAGGAGCUGUGCGGGCCAUAUGUCUUCAUUAUAUUUAUGAUCUUCCUCAUCUUCUUCUUCAUCUUCACGUACUUCAAAGUACCGGAGACCAAAGGGCGAACUUUCGAUGACAUCGCCCGUGGUUUUAGCGGGGCUCCGCCUCCGGCUGCCACCUCUGUGGAGGAGCCCGGCAGAGUCGCACUUCCUGCCUCUCCGGUCAAAGAAAAGGUCCCAUUGGUGGAAGCUUCCAAAUCUUCCUCGGAACAGGGUGCAAGCUCAUCUGAGAAAGCUGCGGCAGAUGCCACAAAGGUGGAGGACAAACCGAGCUCAGUUACCCAGCCACUGGUGGAUUCUAGUAAAGAGGAGAAAUCUAAUUCCACCAUCUAAGAAACGGUGUAACUAUAUAUAGCUUAAUAUGAUUAAAGCCAUGACACUGAAGAUAGAAAUAAAAUACUAGAGAUUUAUUUACUGGAAAGAGAUUGUUUAGGGUAAACAGAUUAUGAAAGGAACCACAGUGGAGAGUCACAGAUCUCCUAGACAUAUUUUGAAAGGAUACGAGAGCUCAUAGUACAUGAGCUUUAUUUUAUUGUGUAGUUUGACAACUGAUGGAUUGGUGCAAUAUUGAUUCAUGUUUUAAGAGUUAUAUCCUUUUAUUGCUCAUUCCUGUUUGUGCAUUUUUAGUGCAGUUUUAAUGUGAAUUAACAAAUUGGACAUAGUUUCCUUUAUCAACUCAAACAGAAAAAGGGAAUUUUAACAUUUGGCCUUCAUCGUUCUCGCCAUUUUCAACUGUCAAACCUCUUUUUUUUUUUUUUUUUGCUUUUAG